GCAGCAGCUGGGAUGGCUUCGUAUCCGCGGUGUGGGUUGCUUUGGCGAGCUCCGGUCGGGAAAGCUUUUCCGUUCCGAGCAGUUAUUAUUGCUAUUGAUCCCGGGCUUCAUUUCAGAAAGGAAAAAAAGAGAAAACCUCCCCCGCUUUCCUCUCCUCCCUCCCCUGCUUUCCUUUAAUAUCCCGGUGCCCGCGACGUCCAUGCAGCAUGGACGGGGUUUUUGUUUUGUUUUUGCUUUGGUGGAAACCUAUUGCAGACUUUUACAUGUCUGGACUGGCGCAAUCCUGCUUUUUGCGCGCAGAAUGGAGAGGUGCGCUUCGUUUGUGAUCCUGCCUGGAAAGGCGAUUGGGGGGGGGUGCAUCUCCUUUCACACCAAGUGGGGAAAAAACAAAACACAAGAUUUCUUCUCGGAAGGAAAGUACGCCGAGAUGCCAGGGAUGGUCAGUAAAAACCCAGACCUUGAAUUCGACUCCUUGCAGCCUUGCUUCUACCCGGACGAAGAUGAUUUUUAUUUGUGCGGUCCGGACUCUGCUCCCCCGGGGGAGGACAUCUGGAAAAAGUUCGAGCUACUGCCUACACCUCCCUUGUCUCCCAGCCCGGCAGGUCUGCAAGAAAACCCCCCCGGGGGAGCCCCCGUUUCGAGUUGGGGCGGGGCGGGGACUCUAGGGGGGUUCCGAACCGCCGACCCUCUGGACUGGGCUUCGGAAUUGCUGCUCUUGCCCCCGGAAGCGGACCUGUGGGGCGGCGGCGAUGGAGGGGACUCCUUCGAGACCGGCUUGGGGGAGAACAGCAACCUGAACGCCAUCAUCAUCCAGGACUGCAUGUGGAGCGGCUUUUCCGCCAGCGAGAAGCUGGAGAGGGCAGCGGCCAACGAGAAGCCGCAGAGCAAAGGAGGAACAGCUGUCGCGCCGGCCACAGCUGGGUCUGCAGCCCUCUCUGCUGCCGCCGCCGCUGCUGCUGCAGCCACCGCCGCCACCUCUGCGAACAAUGGCAGCAGCAGCAGCCAGGCGCAGCUGAACAACUCUGUAUCGGAGUGCGUGGAUCCAGCCGUGGUUUUCCCCUUCCCUAUGAACAAGAGGGAGCCGGCUGCUCCUGCUGCAGCGGCUGGGAUCCGGGGGAACCUUGGCGGCGGCAGCGAGGCGGUUCCAGGGGUGGCGGCUCCUGCUCAGCACAGCGGCUGCCACUCAAGCGCAGCCAGUGACAGCCGGACCGGCAGCAGCUCUGGCGAUGACACGCUCAGCGAUUCCGAUGAAGAUGACGAAGAGGAGGAGGAUGACGAGGAAAUCGACGUGGUCACUGUGGAAAAGAGGCGGUCCUCAUCCUACAAGGCCGUGACCACCCUCACAGUUGCGACGCGCCCCAGAAGCGCCACCUCUUUUGCCUCCGUGAGAACUCAGCCCAACGAAGUCCUCCUCAAGCGCUGUGCCCCUAUUCACCAGCAGCAUAACUACGCCGCGCCUUCGCCUUACAUCGAAAGCGAGGAGGUGCCGCCCCAGAAAAAGCUAAAAACUGAAGCGCCCCGUCCCGUCAAAGCCAUGACCCAACCCAAGGCCAAGAGCUCCAGUCCCCGAAGCUCCGAUUCGGAAGACAGCGAGCGCCGGCGUAACCACAACAUCUUGGAGCGCCAGCGGCGCAACGACCUGAGGUCAAGUUUCCUCACGCUUAGGGACCAUGUGCCGGAACUGGUGAAAAAUGAGAAGGCGGCAAAAGUCGUCAUCUUGAAAAAAGCCACCGAGUACGUUCAUUCGCUACACGCCGAGGAGCACAAGUUGUUGCUAGAAAAGGAAAAACUGCAAGUCAGACAACAGCAGCUGAUAAAAAAAUUGGAGCACAUGCAGACUUGCUAAAAAAAAAAGAGAGAGAGAUAUUAAAAAAAAACAGCGUUGUUUUUUUUGUUUCGUUUUUUAAAAUUGUCUGAUCUGGACAGCCACUGCCACUUUGCACAUUUUUGAUUCCUUAAAGAGAGUUAUGUUUUUUGACGUUAAGAAUGUUGGUUUUACUUUUCAAUCCAGUCUCCGAAUUGGAAGAGACUGCCAAACCGUGACGGGGAUGCCUUUUGUAUUUCCUCUUAGAACUGUAUAUGUUCUUUAUCAAUGUUGUGAGCCUUUGGAUCUGCUUAUGACUUCCAGUUCAGUUCGGAAAUAUUCAUUCCUUUUUAAAUGGUGCUUAUGUUCUACCAGGUGUUAUGGGGCAAAACCAUUUUGUACCCUGGGGGGGGGAGGGCGGGGAGAGAGUGGGGAACAAGCCACACCUCUGUAAAUAAAAUACACACCCACACUUGCCUUUUGUACAUGUCUUGGGUUAUGAGAGGUGACUUUUUGCUACCAAUAUUAGACUGGAAGUUCAUACCUAAGUACUGUAAUACCUCAAUGUUUGAGGAGCAUGUUUUUGUAUGCAAAUAUAUUGUUAAUCUCUGUUAUGUACUGUACUAAUUCUUACACUGCCUGUAUACUUUAGUAUGACGCUGAUACAUAACUAAAUUUGAUACUUAUAUUUUCGUAUGAAAAUGGUUGUGGAAAGUUUUGAGUAGAUAUUACUUUAUCACUUUUUUGAACUAAGAAAACUUUUGUAAAGAAAAUUUACUAUAUAUGCCUUUUUUUCCUAGCCUGUUUCUUCCAGUUAAUGUAUUUGUUAAUGUUUGUUGCAUAGAACUGGGUAAUUGCAAAGUUCUGUGUUUAAUUUCUUCCAACGAUGUACAUUUAGUGCUGCAUCUUUAUAGCACUUUGAAAUACCUCAUGUUUAUGAAAAUAAAUAGCAGUUAAAUGA